AUGGCAUUAGCACACUUGAGUACUAUGUCGACACCACGACCGCACAAUGAAACUGAGGAAGUCGCGCACGACAGCAGCGAUCAUCACCUGGUAGAACGGAUCGGUCAGGGUGAUAAACGCGCAUUCGAGCAGCUAUUCAGCAGUCACGGCGAGAGGGUUUUCAGAUACGCCUACCGGCUGAUUAACGACGCUGGCAAGGCCGAAGAAGUGACCAACGAUGUCAUGCUGGAAGUCUGGAAGAACGCCGUUAAAUUUGAGGGACGCUCCAAAGUCAGCACCUGGCUCCUGGGUAUCACACGGCACACUGCACUCAACGCGGUACGCCGCAAACAACUGGAUACGGUGGAUGUUGAUGACGCACCGGAAAUUGCCGACCCCAAGGUGAAUGAGGCGGCGCUGGCCCACGACGCUGCAACCCUGAAAACAACCUUGCGCGGUGCCCUGGGGCAUCUGUCAGCAGAACAUCGAGACGUGAUAGAGCUGACGUAUUUCCACGGCUGCUCCUAUCAGGAGAUCGCCGAGAUUGUGCAAUGUCCCGAAAACACAGUGAAAACACGGAUGAUACUUACGCGAAGCGGGCAUGGAUCCCUCAAGCGUGGAGAUGGCCUCAUGAAUCGACAAGAAGCACAAGAACUACUGCCUUGGUUUGUCGCCGGCACGUUAAACGAAGACGAAAGCCGUGCCGUGCAGGCGUUCAUCGACAGCGGUGAAAUCAGCAACACGGAACUCAAUGAGUUAACUCUGUUUGCGGACACCGUCCGGACCCAGAGUGAACACGAGCCCGCAUACAACCCGGCCAUUCUGAAUAAGGUCUUGGAUCAACUGGACGAGGUACCCCAGAGCGAAGCACCUGAGCCGCUGAUCGUGCAGGAAACUACUGCCCAAGAGGGGUUGUUUGAAAAACUCCGUAAGAUUUUCCAAUGGGAUGCCACACCACGGAUGGCAAAACUGGCGUUGACCGCACAGUUCGCGGCGCUCCUGGCGCUGGCGGUCAUGAUUGGGUCACCAGACAGCACAGAUACAGACGAGUUAGGUGGCAACCAAUAUCAAACAGUUAGCGGUGCUGCCAUGGCUGCAGAUCUGCUGGUCGGAUUUGCGCCGGGCACGUCAGAGGCUCAGAUGCGUGAACUGUUAAUGGAUAUGGACGCGCAAAUUACCGCCGAUACAGACAGAGCUCGGGCAGAAUUCGGCAAUCAUCUACGUUCAACCUGCGGCAGCACCAUGACAUUCACAAGCGUGCGGCAAACGCUUCUGUUAACUGCACUUUUUGGUUUUUUAAGUGCCGGUUUCAGCGUUCCGACCCUGGCUGCAAACGCCCCGAAUGACCCUCACUACAAUGCCCAGGGUUCCUGGGGACAGGCCUAUGCUGACCAGUGGGCACUGCAGCAACAGCGGGUGUACGCAGAUAUUGCACCUGCUCCUGCUGAGCAACGCGUUGUUGUUGCCGUUAUUGAUACAGGUUUGGACUACACCCAUGAAGACCUGGCCGCCAACAAGCUGUGGCGUAACCCGGCCGAGACUAAAAAUGGCAGGGACGACGAUGGCAACGGCUAUGUGGAUGACCUCAUCGGCUGGAACUAUGUGGACAAUAACAACAACCCCUGGGAUCUCAGCGGCCACGGCACCCACAUUGCGGGCCUGAUUGCGGCCUGCACAAACAACGGUGUAGGUAUUGCCGGUAUCAACCCAGGCGCCCAGAUCAUGCCGUUGAAGGUGGCAAAUUUUACCGGCCAGGCCAGAAGUUCAAGCGUUGCUGCAGCCAUACGAUACGCGGUUGAACACGGCGCACGUAUUAUUAAUCUGAGCCUUGCCGGAGAUACGAUCACAGACCUUGAGAUUCAAGCAGCAGAGUUUGCCCUUGAGCGAGGCGUUCUGAUCAUUGUUGCUGCCGGGAACCGGGGCAUUGCAGCGGAUCAAUUUGGCUAUGCUGCCUUACCUGGCGUGCUUGCCGUAGGGGCCAGCGACAACAAUGGGCAGCGUGCGGGUUUUUCGAAUUUCGGCGCACAAUUGUCUUUGCUUGCACCGGGUGUCGAAAUACUUUCACUACGCGCAAAAAAUACUGAUUUUAUUGCCCUUUCCCAGCCGCUGGAUUACGCAUCGCAAGAUGCUGUUGUGGGCGAAGAAGGGCAGUAUUACCGAGCAUCAGGCACGUCAUUUUCUGCAGGUUUCGCCACGGGUAUAGCCUCUGCGAUUCUCGCUCGCCAACCUCAAUUAAGCGGCGCGGAACUGCGCCAGAUACUGAUUCAGUCCGCCGCAGACAUCGCACCACCCGGAGUAGAUCAACUGUCCGGGUACGGGGGGUUGGACUAUAUUGCGGCGCUGAAUGCCCGGCCCGGGCAGUUUGUGCAGGCCCGUUUGGACGGUGCCAGCUUGUCACUCAUCGAUACCCGUCUGUGGGUAAACCUGCUUGGUAAAGCGCAAGCUGAUCAGUUCAUCAGCGCAACCCUGCAGUUUCGGCCAACAGCGGGCUCCAUCCCCGUUGCUGAAGAGACAAACAAGAAGAAGAAAAAGAAGAAGCGCGACAAGGUCGUCGUCGACCCUUACCAGUGGCAGACGUUAGCGAGCUUCGACAAAGCCAUCAACGGCGAACUCGGCCAGUUCGAAAUCAACACAUUAACUCAGCAGGCUAACGGGUCUACCCAAUGGGACCUAAAGUUAGUAGUUGUUGCAGCUGACGGCGCACAGCGCGAGGCGUCCAUGAGUUUGCACCUGCCCGUACCUGAAGCCGACUUUGCGGAGGGGCGCGCAACUCUGGUGCAGUUCAAUAUGGCGCAAGAGCAAUGGCAGCAAGAACAGAACGCGCUUUGCGGGCAACCCGGCAUAUCCGAAUGUAAUCCGGAUGCCUGUCAGAGCAUUCAAUUGAAAGGCCAUGUCGGCAACGUUUCAAAUGCGCAACGCCUCCAGGCCAGAAUUGUGGCCAACCCACCCUCACUGGAUAGCAUCGCCGAAGAUGACAGCAGCGAAAGCACCUGCUCAAUUGCCGCCGCCUUGCCGGAGUUCGAUACACCAACAGAUGGCACCGGCAUCAACUUAAGCCUGGAUCUGCAAGGGCUCGGCCAGAACAAUCAGAAUGGCAGCAGACCUGACCCUAUUGACCCCUACGCACCCAACGCGCAGAGCCCGCUGUCAGCCGUCGAUUUUGCAAUAAAGCUGUUACCGGGUUUCAAUGGACAGGCGUUGCUGGAAACUACAAAUACGCCCGCAGACACAACAGGUUACUCCGUGCUUGUUGGCGAUGGCUGCAAUAGCGUCCAAGUGCCUCUAUCCAGCAUGGCACCACCUUCGGUACCUAAUCUGGUUGUAGCGGUUGUCACCGGCGAUGUUGCCAGCGUCGCUGCUCGACACCAGAUGCUCGCCCUGAGUCAGACAACCCUGGCAAGUACAGGUGAUGUGUUGACGGUGUUCUUAAACCCGCUGCCGCAACGUUCAGUUGCACAGCUGCUCACCCUGCUUGCGCAAGACAAUGAUAUUGUCAGUGCGCAGCGAGAAUUGAUCUAUCUCACAGCAGCCAGUGAAGUGGCCUAUUCAGAUCCCUGGGCAGGACUGACCUACGGUCCCGCCCACACCGGAGCGCUGGCGCUGCAUAGCGAAACAACCGGUGCAGGAGAAACCAUUGCAGUCAUCGAUACCGGCAUGGCGGUGGACCACCCUGACCUCGCCGGUCGCGUGGAAACCCAGGAUCUGACCGGCAAAGGCUGGAGUGCGGACGCACACGGUACUGCAGUUGGCAGCAUUAUUGCCGCAGCAGCGGAUAAUGCUCUGGGCAGCUUUGGAGUCGCUCCAGCCGCAAACAUCCUCGCAUUGAAAGCCUGCCAGCCAGAGACUGCAAACGGGUUACGCGCACGGUGCUGGACCAGUACGCUGGUCAAAGCCCUGGAUGCCGCGAUGCAGAAGGACGCCAAAAUCAUCAACAUGAGCUUAGCCGGGCCACCAGAUGAGCUGCUAGCCAGAUAUGUUGCAUUGGCCGUGGAUCAGUCACGACUGAUUAUUGCCGGUGCGGGCAACGGUGGCGCGCUGGCUAAACCCGCGUUCCCAGCAGCUUUGCCGGGUGUACUCGCGGUAACCGCAGUCAACAGCCGCAACCAACUGUAUGACCAGGCGAACCAGGGAGAGUACAUUGAUGUGGCCGCGCCCGGCGUCGACAUAGUGACUUUGGCAGCAGACGGCAGCUUCCCUAUCAGUUCCGGCACGUCCUGGGCCGCAGCACAUGUCAGUGGCGUCGCUGCUUUACUGCACCCUUUGAUGCCAUUGUCAUCGCCGGCUGAAAUUGCCUUUCUAUUACGUGGACACAGCACAGAUCUGGGCGCUACCGGCAAAGACACUUCCUUUGGCCACGGCCUAAUCGACGUCUGCGCUGCCGCCGCUGCGGCCACAGCAAACGCCUUCACGUGUCUGACAGAAGAGGUAUCGCGCAAUGGUGACUUCCAGUACUCUGAACCUACACCAUAUCCGCAGGUCACCCUGGAUCUUGCCCCCAUUGAAGCGCAGGUUGCGACAGCAGCCACCACCCGAUGCGGAACACCUCUGGCCGCAUCACCAUUAGAUCUUGGCGAUGCUCAGGGAUUCAUGAGCAAGACCAUGGGGAAAGCCGCCAACGCCGCAAUUGGCAAACUGGUUGGUGGUCUUUUAGGUAGCAGCGGUGGCAGCUCAAAAAAACCAAAGCUGGCAAAAGACCCGAUCAAAAAGAAGUUCAAGAACAAGAUUAAGCACCCGAGCGGAGAUGCUCGCCUGCAGAUUGGUGGUCAAAACUACAGCAAUGGUCUGUUGAUCAGCGCGCGAGUCGACAAAGCAGCAGGCAAGGGAACAUUCCACACCAUGUUUCUGGAGCAACCUGACUGCAGCCGCAUAUGGCCGGAACAAUAUCAACAGUACGGGUUAUGGGGAAGCUGGAGUCUGUCCGUCAGUGUCACCAAAACCACCAGUUCUUAUCGUAACGGCGACCUGGUUGAUCAAUCUGUCAGCCAGUCGGGUUGGUCCAAAUCCGGCACGUUUGACGUGUCGCGUGGCUUCUCAUUGUGGGACCAACUUCCCGGCGAGCCUAUGCAACUGGUCCUGGAUGCCGACAAAGCUUAUCUGUCGCAGCUGCGGCGUGAAAUCGAUCAGCCUGCCUGGCAGCAGAUGGGAUUCGCCAAACCCACAGAAGGCAUUCGCACGGCGGGUGCAGUAUUUCGUGUGGACCCCAGCGAGAUACAACCCGACACGCUGGCGGUGAUUCAUAUUACCCAUGUGGAAAAGGGUCGAUACCGAACCGUUGGCUUCCCGUUACACAUGACUCCCGCAGCAGACGACAACGAUGUUGCCGUUGACGUGCGCCGCUCAGUGCAGGAAGACAACGAUAUUGAUCUGCGUUUCUCCAACACGGAAGACAAUGAUUACACCAGCAGCUACUCAAACAGCGAGGACAAUGACUACGCUCACAGUGAAGACAACGAUGUCACAACUUCUAUCUCAGAAGAUAACGACAUCACGAAGUCUUGGCAGGAAAGCACUGACAUCGACUUCCAGAUAGCGACACCAACAAUGACCUCACACAAGUACCAGGCACAAGAUGCCGGCCAUCAAGCCGACCAAUCUGUUCUGGGUGCUGCACGCGGUCACACGGUUGGCGUAACAGGCGGACCUACUGUUGUCAGCGCGGGCAACGACGAACAGGUUUUUUACGGCCCUGCGAUGGUGAACAACAACACCAACCAACUGCCGCAGAACAACCUGUUUGUACAGGGCAGCAACGGCGCACCCAUCAGCCAGUCCAACACCUUUGCUGGACGGGACAUGGGACCUAAAGGUGUCUUUGCACCAGUUGGUAACACCUCAGCCACAGUGUUUGGCGACACCAUGCAGAGCUCCGGUGCACAACUGGGUCAGUCUGGCGAUUCAAGCAACUCAAUUGCUGAUCAGAUGAACUCAGACCGGACCAUGCGUACCUUUAUCUUAAUCAUCAGCAUCCUCGCUGCCCUUUGGCUGACAACUGCAAGUCAGACGGCAUACGCCAAGCAGGCCCAGGCGGCACCGAGUCCAGAACAGCAGCUGCUACAACGUAUUUACCAACUGCGUAUGCGGCUCGAUCAGGAGCGCAUGCAGGCGGAAAACGAAGCCCGCAACAACGUGCGUCUGGUCAGCAGCAACAACGGUAAUCGCAGCAUAGAUGCGCCAACGGUUUCAGGUUUACGCCAGCAAACCAGCGCUCAACUGGCACGCUUUGAGAGUCAGUUUCAGUGCCUGGACGUUGAAGUCGAAGCCAACAGCGGCAACACCGUUGUAAUCUGCGGCGAUAACAGCGGCGACAUCACUGGCAGCAACGUAUCAGCAGAACGUGACAUCGUCACCGUGCAGGGAGGACAGCGAUGA